AUGUUUCAGUGUCCUUCGUGCAGCAAAGGCAGAUUCAAAGAUGAGGUCGCUGUGGCCCAUCAUAUGAAUCAGCCCCACUCAGGAUGUGGUUUUACCGGCAGUGUGAAUGAAGAAGGGAUAUCACCAACUGGCGACUUCAUCGACGGGUUCCCCGGAGCUUCUCAAACGUAUGGAACAGGUCAUACUUUCCUUGACAUAUUCAAUUCAGACGAGAACAGCGUGCACCGUGCAACUAAUCUCUACUACCCAUUCAGUGGCCAGAAAGACUGGGAGCUUGCAUCAUGGCUACUUCACUCGGGAUUAAGCAUGGGGAAGAUAGAUAGCUUUUUGUCACUUGAGAUAAUCCAGGGUCUUCCUCUGUUGUUCUCAUCGGACAAGGAACUGCGAGGCAGAGCAGAAAUGUUGCCAAGCGGUCCAUGCUGGAUGUCUCAAGUCAUCGAGACAAAGCAUCUGACCAAAUCACCUGUCAUAUUAUAUUGGCGUGACCCUUUGGAUUGUAUCUCCAGUCUACUUAACCAUCCAUCCUUUCACGACCAGUUAGACUUUACACCCCGCAAGGUGUAUACCACGGCACAGCGGCUGUGCUGUGUGUACUCCGAAUGGAUGACAGGAGACAACACUUGGACAAUGCAGUCGGCUCUACCACGAGGUGCGAUGUUGCUUGGGACCAUCCUAUCAUCCGACAAGACAAACAUAUCUAUGAUGACGGGUGACAGAACAUCACUUAAUUCUUUCAUGCUCACUGCCCUGCUCCCCGUGCCAAAAUUCCUUCAUAAAAAGAAACGCAUGCGUGGCAUACUGGAGGAUCGUCUAGUCCAUCAAUGCCUGGAUCUUGUUCUAGAGCCGCUUAAGUGGGCUGCCCAUGAGGGAAUUAUGCUGUCAGAUCCCAUCGCUACUGCCCGUAGCAAGGUUGAUUCCAAUGACAUUGAAGCUUUCUUCCGUGAAGCACAGAAGUUCCGUUUAAAUGGUGUCGACAAACCUUUCUGGCAGGACUGGCUCUUUGCCGAACCAUCCCACUUCCUCACUCCCGAAAACCUCCACCAUCUUCACAGAGAGUUUUAUGAUCACGACGUCAAAUGGAUCAUAUGCACGGUCGGGGAAACAGAAAUCGAUUUUCGCUUUUCAGCAUUGCAGCCUGUGACGGGGUUUCGCCAUUUUCAUGGUGGCAUCUCAAAGCUGAAGCAGGUCACAGGGCGUGCCCAACGUGAUAUCCAGUGCUCGAUUAUCGUGGUCAGUGCGGAUGCGGUGCCUAGUGCUGUGAUGACUGCUGUACGAGCUUUGAUGUAUUUCCGUUAUCUCGUACAGUCGCCACAGAUCGAUGAUCGCGACAUCGAACAUAUUUCCACAGCGCUGGCCGAAUUUCAUGCCAACAAACACGCCAUUACAGCUGCUGGAUUUCGUCGCGGGAAGAGAAACAAGCCUAUCGAUAACUGGUACAUCCCAAAGAUAGAGCUCAUGCAGAAUAUAGCUCCCAGCAUACAUAACACUGGCAUCACCAUGCAGUGGAGUGCAGACGCUACGGAGCAUGCACACAUAACUGAGAUCAAGGAUCCCGCACGCUCAAGCAACAACAAUAACUACAAUUCACAAAUCUGCCAUCACCUUGACCGUGCGGACAAAUGUCGUCGUUUUGAUCUUGCAACAAGUCUAUUAGACUUGAGGCUGCAAACCAACCUGGACCAACACCACGUUGAUGAUGACGUCAUCGAUUUUGAUGUUGACAAUGACAAUGACCUCCCCACAAAUCUCUUGUCCACAGUCAAGUCCCCUGGAUAUGCACAUCCAAUCACUAACUACUUUGCAAUGGCAAAGGUCCUCCAGCACAGGGAGGUUGGGACAAUCCCCCUGCCAUUAUGCACAUUUAUUGUUGGACAUACAGCCUUUCAUCUUGCCUACAGCCCGAGGGCUGGGUCCAAUGCUUCACUUCCAUUCGAUAAACUACAGAUAUGGUUCAAACUUCGACUUCAGGAUAUGGAAUUUCAUGAUACCACCAAUGUGCGACCUGCACAGACCCUAAACUGCAUACCACCUUCUGACAUCUGGACCUUUGGUUGGUAUGACACUGUUAUUGUCAAUAACGAGGAUGGGCACUCAUGGCCUGCUGAUGGUCUUCGCGGCCAUGUCAUCGCUCAAAUCAGGCUUAUUUUCCGUCCAAUUAGAAAGAUGGAUACACAGGGGGCUUGGAAGGAUCGCUUCCUCACAUACGUGCAACACUUUAACAACAGCGCUGAGCGCGAGCCAGCUAUGCACCUACAUCUGCUCAAGAGGGUGAAGCGAUCAAAUGGGACUCGCAUUGGUGAUGUUAUACCAGUCACUCAGCUCAGAGCGCCUGUUAAUGUUGUCCCUCGAUUUGGUGCAAGUGCAGACUCUCGUCUCACUCAAUAUAACGGUAUGGAGCACGCAUUGGAAUUUUGGCUCAAUAAGUACUGGGACAAAAAUACUUUCUACCCUCUUUCGAUGUAUUUUGAACUGUAA